GCGUUUCUUAAUUUACAAUUUAUAAUGAACUCUUAUGGUUAUUUAUCAUUUUCAUAAACACUAGUGUCAUUUAGUUUAUUUGUUUAUUAAAUACAAAUAAAGUUUUCUUUACCAGCAACGUGAACUUGACAUAUUCCCUGUUUACCUUGUUUUUAGGUUAUGUUAGUAAGAAGUUCAUAUUUAUUGAAUAAAUCGUACAAACUAUGACUGAGGGAGAAACCGGGAACAAUUUUCGGGCUGUAACGAUACCAUGGUCGUUCGUGAAGCGGAAAGUAGAAUGUGCCGGUGGCGCCUUCUUGAGAUAUUACAAUGUGAAAUGUCACGGCGAGGAUACGUCUCUACUCACGUCGAAAUCGAAAGAUAAGGCGGAAGGAGUCGUUUUUGAGGAUGACGUGGACUACCUCCGCAGUUUGGACCCCAAAGAGUGGAAGAAGCAGGACCACUAUGCUGUCUUAGGUAUAAAAAAUUUGCGAUACAAGGCCACAGACGAUGAAAUCAAACGUGCAUACAGGCAGAAAGUGCUCAAACACCACCCCGACAAACGUAAAGCGCUUGGCGAAGAGAUAAGAAGCGACGACGACUACUUCACAUGUAUAACUAAAGCAUAUGAGAUCCUUGGUUCACCCAAAAGUAGGAGAUCGUACGAUUCUGUUGACCAUGACGUUGACGAUUGUAUUCCAUCCACUAGCGAGAUCAAAAAAGAUGGAUUCUUUAAAGUAUUUGGCAAAUGUUUUGAAAUGAAUGCCCGUUGGUCUGAAAGAAGAAAUGUGCCUUUACUUGGUGAUGACGAUAGCUCUCGAGAAUUUGUAGAGAAGUUUUAUUCAUUUUGGUAUGAGUUUGAUUCUUGGCGCGAGUUCUCCUACUUAGAUGAAGAGGAAAAAGAGAAAGGGUCAGACAGAGAGGAGAGGAGAUGGAUAGAGAAACAAAAUAAGGCAGCUCGGGGCAAACUAAAGAAGGAAGAGAUGGCAAGAGUGAGGAGUCUAGUUGACCUUGCAUAUGCAAAUGAUCCGCGGAUACAGAGGUUUAAGCAAGAGGAUAAGGAUAAGAAAUUAGCUGCCAAGCGUGCCAGACAGGAUGCUGUGCAAGCUAAGAAAGCUGAAGAGGAGAGACUCAUUAAGGAGGCCCAGCUCGCCAAACAGAAGGCUGAAGAAGCAGAGAGAGCUAGAUUGGAGGUAGCCCGCGCUGAACGGGAGCAACAAAAGAAAAACCUGCGCAAGGAACGGAAAUCAUUGAGAGAUUUAUGCAAAGCGAACAAUUACUAUGCCACAGAUGAAGACGAGACGGUCUCACUCAUGGCUGCUGUAGAGAAAAUAUGCGAAAUGCUAAAACUAAACGAGUUGCAAAAUUUGAUUAAAGAUCUCGAAAAUAACGGCCGUGAUGCAUUAUUGAGGGCUGUGAAUGAUUCUGAAGAAAAAUUGGAAACUGAACGGAGGGCGUUGUUUGAAACCAGGAAAGCGGAAGAACACAAAGCAAAGAAAAGCGCUGCUCUGAAAGCUCCCAUAGAAUGGUCAGUGGAAAUGACACAACUACUCAUUAAAGCUGUUAAUCUUUUCCCAGCGGGCACUAAUCAAAGGUGGGACGUAGUAGCAAACUUCCUAAACCAACACGGCACUUUUACGGACGAACGACGUUUUAAUGCAAAAGAAGUUUUGAACAAAGCAAAGGAUUUACAAAGUUCCGAUUUCUCUAAAAGCAGUCUUAAGAAAGCGGCGAACGAGGAGGCGUUCGAUCAAUUCGAGAAGGACAAAAAGAAAGUUGUUAAUGUUGUUGAUGACAGCAGUAUAUCCCACAACGAUGAAUCUCCUAAACUAGUGAAUGGUACAGCACAGCCCAAGAUCAAUGGAGAAAUCAAGGAUAAGGACGCCAGAGACGAGCGCGCCUGGACGAAGACCGAGCAGGAGCUCCUGGAGCAGGCCAUGAAGACGUUCCCGGCCAGCUCGCCCGACCGCUGGGACAAGAUCGCCGACUGCAUCCCGCAGCGGACCAAGAAGGACUGCAUGAAGCGGUACAAGGAGCUCGUGGAGCUGGUGAAGGCCAAGAAGUUGGCCGCCAACGUCGCCAAAUAGCAGCCGCUGGCGCUUAGACCGAUAUUCAAUUGUAGCUCGCCCCGCGGGUCGCCGCAGCGCACGCACUGACGAAAUGCGGUACAUACACGACUGUUCGGAAACUCUCAUGCCCGUUUUCAUCUAGGCAAUGCCUAAGUAAAUAACGCCUAAGCAUAGACAAUUCCUAGGCAUACGUUUCCCUUUCACCGAUCGAUUUUCACUAGGCAACUCAUCAUUUAUCCUCAUUUAAUCUAGUUCAAAAUUAUCUUUAUUCAAGUAUAUUGCCAUUUUCGUAAACUUAAUAGUAAAGCUACGUGGGUUCCAAACGCGUCCUGGUCUACGAAGAAACCCACAAAAAACUAAUCCGGGUGUUUUUUUUGUUAUCAUCAUCUCACAUUAUCAUUUAAAAUUAUUAGAUUACACAUUCCGGCAGCUACAAUAGCGACCUUGAUUGUUAGAAUAUGGUGGCAGUCCGAAUAAUCGUGUAUCUACUGCCAUACAUUGCAACAUUAUUUAUAUUAAAAACACAUUUGACCUUCGAUCAAUAAUGUAUUAGAUUUGCAGUCCUUUACACAAUCGAACAUAAAAAGUAUCCAGUAUUUUAUAUGUAAACUGUCAGGGGCAAAUUUUUAUAUAGCAUUCCCGAAGAUUUAUAUUAAGAGUUGUCCUUAAAAAAUUAUGUAAACUUGUUAAUCAGUGUUUUAUCUCGCUCUGAGACAAAAUGUACCAAAACACACAAACAAACAUAUUUGGAGUGUACCAAAACAUUGCAAAACUGCUUCCGACGCUAUACAACGUUAAUUUUUAAGGUCGUUUAGGCGAAUGUAAAAAAAGCUUUCCUUCAAAAUUUUUCAAUAUAAUAAAUAAAAAAUGCUUAUAUAUUUAAUAUAUCAAUGUAUUUUCCGUCGUUAAAACAUAUACAAACGAAUGCUUUGUCUUUAGCAAACAUCAGGCAAGCAAUUUGCGACAGAGAGCCUAUUUGACGGACUUACAGCGUUCAUAUCUAGUAUAUUCUUGAUCAAAGGUUUUGACGUAAGAAGAUGGGGGAAGUUUCAUACACAUAAUUAUUUUUUCUUAAUUCAUCUUUAUUGAACAUUAUUAUAAGUAUAGAUUAAACCACACUUUUGAAAUAGUAGGAAAUCGUGAGAUACUAUUUAUUUAUUCUGACCAACACAAUUUUAUUAAUACUAUAGUGUUCACUUAUUUAUCGUUAGUUAGAUUUUAUCUAUUCAAACAAUGAAAAGUUCAAAUUUAAAUACUUCCAGAUCGCUCCUGUUUUUGAAUGUUUAUUAUUACUGUAUGUUAUCUGGAAUUCUGUUCUAGAAUCUACCAAUAUUCAUUGAUUUUUAUAUUAAAUUUAUCGCAGAUCCUAAGACCAGCAGAACGCACAAAUACCGUAAUUUUCACCUAAUAUUAAUAGGAUUGGAAAAAUGCCUUGUUGAACUUAGCGUAGAGGUUAGCAUAAAUUACUUCUUAUCACGUGGCUUAGAAUCGCGAGUCGCCAUUAUUGUUAUAUAGUUUUUUCUAUCUGCAAAUUGGUAGGGACGUAUUAGGAGAGCAGGAUCCUGUUAUAAUUGAUAAAGUCCGCCAACCCACGUAGGAGCAGCAUCGUGAGUCCAUGCUCUAGAACAAUCCCUUAUAAUAUAAGGGAGAAGGCCUGUGACCAGCGUUAAUAAGCUGAGGAUAAAAAGACCCUAGUGCAUACACUCGUCGAAGAUAUUAUGACUUAUACUGCAAGUGGCGAAACCUUAUGACGUAAGAGUUACACACGUCAUAUAUUACUUUUGCAUACUCACAUGUCCACAAUUUGGAAUAUUUCGUGGAAAUUCCAUUAUUUGAAAUUCUCGCGGUCUGGUCCGCAGUGUGCGUACUACUAAUUGUAAUAUAUAUUUUUAGUUCGAUUGUAAAUACAUUUUGCAGACAUUAAUAUUUAAACGUUGGUAAAACUGAUGAAAUGUUGGUGAAAUUUUUUAAUGAAAAGACGCAAUCGCACCUGCCUUAUAAUUAAACAAGAAAUAAAAAUAUAAUGUUAUAAAUAAAUAUAUUUAAGUACUUAUAGUCCAUUGUAAUAUGAUACUUCUCAAUAUAUAUAUAAAAAAAAUAACAUAUCGCCAUUUGUUAUUCAUUACUCGACUGCUUGUAGGAUAUGAUUAUGUCAGCUUCAUAUUUUUAUGUUCUCUAACUCCUAAGUCCUUAUUACAUUAAGGCCUGCAUUAAUAAACCAAUCUUUAAAGCAUAUUAAAACCGAACCUGAAUACCUGAUCUUAGCUAAAUUUUGGAUUAUUAGUACCGGCCCUAAGUACAAGCUCAAGCAACUUUUAAUUUAAUUUUGUCAAAGUAUAGUGGACUUUAACCACUUUGUUUUAAAGAUCAAUUUCCUCCUCACACAUUCAGCGCUCUAGGCGAAACGUUGGUAGAAUAAAAAUGCACAGAAUUAUUGUCUCUAACAUGAUUAACAAUAGGUACAUUUCACUUUUGACAUAACAUUGUUUCGAUAAACGAAAACGCUACAUGUAAGUUAGAAAAAGCAAUUAAAAUAACCCCAGAGGUUGUGUUAAUUACGCGAGUAUUGUUUUGCCUGUCAUUCCGAACGAUUUCUUUGGUUGUACAAACAUAUAAAACAUACCAAAGGUCAAUUCAGAACAGAACUAGCUUGGGCAGGAGACAAAAAGUUUAUUUUCUCCCACAGUUAAUUCACUCUUUGAGCAUGGGUAUGCACGGGUGGAAAUGAUCUCAAAUAUACCCAAUAUUAUACGGGGUGUAAAUUACCUUUGCUUUAUUUCCACCAUUUUAUCCCUUGUAAGUGGAUUUAAUUGGGAGAUAUUCAUUCCUGCCUAUGCUAGCCGUGUAGUCUAUUUUCAUACUUUUUGUGUAAAGUUUAUUUUCAAACUUUUUGUGUAAAGUUUAUUUUCAAUUUUUUGUUAUGAAUAUAUUAAAAACACAAUUACAUAAAGAGUAACCCAAAAAGUCCUGCCUAGGACUACUUAACGUUAGUGCUCUUCUGUUUUUUAAACGCGUUUUGCAAUUUUUGCCAGCCAGCUCGAAAUAGAUUGUAGAUUUAAUUUUUUACUAGAAUAAAAAUAAUAAAGCCUCGUCUCUGGUUUUUUCCGAUGCCUAAAGUGCACAUCUCAUUCUAUUUGAUUUGUUUUUUUAUAUUUUUUAUUCAUACUUUACAUUAAAAAGUAAUGAACACGUAAUGGGACAAUUUAGAAAAAAAAAAGUUUGUGAGUGUAGAAUGUCCAAUUACUUGCGUCCUACUUUCGACCAAUAGCAUUUCGGCUUGUGAUUCGUCGCCCACAGACUGCACUUUUCUACUUCACCUUCAACGAAGGAUGGACGCUUUAGGUCGGCCUUUACUUUAGUUUAAACAGGCUUUAUUAUAACGUCAUAACAAAUCCAACAUGGAGGAUAUUGCGUUUUAAACUGAAAUGGAGUUUUAGAGAAGCAGUCGGGUUUAAGGUUGAAACUGUAUCAGAAUGUUCUAUUACCAGCCUGUCUGUCUGUAUGUAAUGUGAUUAGCUUAGCGUUGUGUUCGUGUGUCCCCUGUAUCUCGGCAACAGUCUUUGCAUAACUAAUGUAAUAGUAGAACCUGUGCUCAUAUUUUUGUAUGUAUUUAUUUUUAUUUUACUUAUGUGAAGAAUGAAUAUAGUCAAUUGGAGAAUUAAA